AUGUUGGUAGAACUCCAAGUAUCAGAUCGACCCUCUGAAACAGGUAUAACCGAAGAUAUUGACACUAAUACCAUCAUGGAUUUAGAAAAACAAGUAGCAGAUCAUUCGUUUGAAACACAAAUAGAUGAAGAUAUUGAUGCAAAUGGUUAUUUAGAAGCAACAUCUGAAUCCGAGAAAAUAAAUGAUGAUGGUGUGAAUCUUGGAUGUGAUGAAGGUGAAAAUAAUGAUACAUGUAUUAUUGGAAAGGUUUUCGAUACACCCAACGAUGCAUAUACAUUUUACAAUGACUAUUCAUUUUUACAUGGUUUUGGUACACGAAAACAUUGGCAAUUUAAGAACAAGUCAACAAAUGAGCAUUAUCGGAGGAUAUAUGUAUGCAACAAAGAAGGUUUCAAACAAUUGAAAGGUAAUAAUUCAAGUGGAAAGACAAUAAAACGUCGUAGAGAGGUAAGAACUGGAUGCAAAGCAAUGAUUCGCAUUUCAAAACAAAAGGAUGGGAAAUGGAUUGUUGACAAGUUUAAUGACACACAGAAUCAUGACUUAAGCAUGACACCAACAAAGGUAAUGAAGCAUAGAUCUCAUGGGAAGUUCCACCGUACAAUGGAAUGUAAAUCUCUUAUGGUGGAACUUGGUCAAUCGGGGUUGAAGCCAUGUCAUAUUAAAAAGGCUAUUAAUGCAUUGAAACCUUUAGAUGAAGUUGAUGUUACGUCAAAGCAAUGUGUUGAUGUCUUAUCCGAACAACGAAAACAAUAUAAGGGAAAGGAGUUUUAUGGACUUAUUAAGCAUUUCCAAGAUAAAGCAUUAUUGGAUAAUGACCAUUAUUUUGUCGUAGACUUGUGUGAUGAUGGGUGUCCUCGGAAUAUCUUUUGGGCUGAUGGAAGAUCAAGAGACACAUAUACUAAGUUUAGAGAUGUUGUUGUGUUUGAUGUUACUUAUAUGACAAACAAGUACAAGAUGCCAUUUGCUCCCUUUGUAGGGGUUAAUCAUCAUGGGCAAUCUAUACUUUUUGGUGGAGCAUUGCUAGAAAAUGAAAAGGAAGAAACAUUUGUGUGGUUAUUUGAGAAUUUUUUUAAAAUGUAUGUUUACCAAGUAUCCGAAGGCAAUUAUUACAGAUCAGGAUAA